AUGCUCUCAGUCGAGAAAUCAUUGAUCGCCGAUCCGACACAUGCCGUUGGAGUGCCCAAAGGAGUAGCAGGAGUCGCUCCAACCAGCGUCACUGCUACUGUCACUUCUACGCCCUGGGAGACUUCUCCCUUGGGCGUUGCAGGGUUGACCCCAGCGCUGAGUUCUACAAGCACAGGUCUCGUCCAGCCACAGUCGCAUACAGUCACGCAGAACGAAAAGACGAGCCAUUCCCACUCAGACACGGAAGUCGCCAGCGGAACCGACAGCAGCAGCCAGCAGACAGUUUAUCCACAGACAGUUUCCACGACGGGGGUUGACGGCUCCGUCGGCCAAAGUCUCUCUGCCGGAUCGAACGAGUCCAGCCCCACGCAGCCCAAGCUUGAGCCAAAAGAUGACACUCUGAAACAGGAAGAACACAGUGCUUCCAGUGCGGUUCCUCAUUCGUCUAUUUAUCAGAGCGGUUUGGAUUUAUACUCGUUAUAUCCUUAUUCAACUCCUUGGACAAAACCAGCCACUCCCACUUCCUCGUCGCUUUCUCCAUCAGCCUCGAUUCCGUCCACGAUCCCCACGACUCAGAGCUACAUGACUAGCCAGACGGUCUCGCAAGCUGGAUACCCCGACUGGUCGAACUGGGCGACAGGGCUCGACCUGAACCUUCGCAAUCACGCAACGAGUGCACUGCCCGGCGCAAACGCAUACGUCGACACACAAGCUUAUCAACAGAUGCUAGGACAAAUGACAGCAAACCAGAACCUGGCGAACAUGUCAUCCCCUUAUCCUCUCUACGACUAUUCGGCGACGACGUUACAGUCGCCCGGCGGUGGCAAAAUGAGCGGCUCGACGACGUCGUCGAUCGAAUCCACCAUCCGAGCUGCUUCUGGUUUCUCCUCGCGCUCAAGUGGCACUUCCGUGCGGCGCAAUACAGGAAGAUCGAACUGCACGUGUCCCAAUUGUCAACAGAUCGAGUCGCUUCCCCCUGCCGCCCAGUCCUCCCUCCGUCCCCGCGUCCACAACUGCCACAUCCCCGGCUGCGGAAAAGUCUACGCCAAAACCAGCCACCUGAAGGCGCACUUACGAUGGCACUCCGGCGAAAAGCGAUUCUCCUGUCCAGUCUGCUCGAAGCGAUUCAUGCGUUCGGAUCAUCUUUCGAAGCACGUGAAGGAACACAAGUGUUCGCAGUGA